UUAGUGAAACUUAAGACCAGUUUUAGUCGUCAGCGAUUCCCUCCAACCGCGUCCUGCUGCAUCUUCUCCCACUACCCCUCCAAACAUGGCUUCCGCCGUCGAGCAGGCCACUGCCUUCAAGAACGAUGGCAACAAGGCAUUUGCAGCGCACGACUGGCCGAAAGCUAUUGAGCUCUACACCAAGGCGAUCGAACUGAACGACAAGGAGCCCACAUACUACACCAACAGAGCUCAGGCCAAUAUCAAAUCUGAAGCAUAUGGCUAUGCUAUUGCCGAUGCGACCAAGGCGAUCGAACUGAACCCAAAGCUCGUGAAGGCGUACUACCGGCGUGCCUUGGCCUACGCUGCCAUCCUGAAGCCCAAGGACGCUGUACAAGAUUUCAAGGAGUGCGUUAAGCUCGACCCUAACAGCAAAGAUGCGAAGCUCAAGCUCGCCGAGUGCCAGAAGAUUGUGCGUCAGCAAAAUUUCUUCGCUGCCAUCGAGAUUGGGGAUGAGCCGUCCGCAGCCGAGGGACUGGACAUCGAGUCCAUCGCUAUCGAAGAAAACUACGACGGUGUCGCGCUGAAGGACGGGAUGACGCAAGAAUUCAUUGAUGACAUGAUUGAGCGUUUCAAGAACGGCAAGAAGAUUCACAAGAAAUAUGUUUACCAAAUCGUCAUCGCCGUCAAGAAGAUUGUCUACGAAGAGGCAACCAUGGUCGAGAUGAAGAUACCCGAUGACGUUAAGCUGACGGUCUGUGGAGAUACACACGGCCAGUAUUUUGACUUGCUGGAACUCUUCAGAUUAAAUGGCCGUCCCACAGAGAAGCACUGGUAUCUGUUCAAUGGAGACUUUGUGGAUCGAGGCUCAUGGUCGUCUGAGAUUGCCCUGCUAUUAUAUGCCUACAAGUGGCUUCGGCCUCAUGGCUUGUACCUCAACCGAGGCAACCAUGAGACGGAUGACAUGAACAAGGUUUAUGGAUUCGAGGGAGAAUGCAAGGCCAAGUACAAUGAACGUGUCUUCAAGCUCUUCUCUGAGAGUUUCUCGGCGUUGCCUCUAGCUACACUUAUCGGGGAGAAGUAUCUGGUCCUGCACGGAGGUUUGUUCUCAGAUGACAACGUGACGCUUGACGACAUCCGAAAGUUGAACCGCCACAACCAAAGACAACCGGGCCAAGCCGGACUGAUGAUGGAGAUGCUCUGGACAGACCCUCAAACAGCACCGGGCCGAGGUCCAAGCAAGAGGGGUGUUGGUAUGCAGUUUGGACCGGACGUGACAAAACGCUUCUGCGAUAAGAAUGGACUGGAAGCUAUCAUCCGAAGUCACGAGGUUCGCAUGGAUGGUUACGAGGAAGAGCACGAUGGAAAGUGCAUUACAGUCUUCUCGGCACCGAAGUACUGUGACCAAACGGAGAACCGAGGCGCAUACAUCAAUAUCGGCCCUGAUUACAAGUUGGCGUUCCAUCAGUUCGACGCUGUGCCCCAUCCGGAUAUCAAGCCAAUGGCGUACGCCAAUAGUUCCCUAACGUCAAUGAUGUAGAAGUAGGUCCGAUUUCGAUCUCGGGAGGCUACAUUGACAUGGGAUGAUCACAUAGCAUUUCUGCAUAUAUGACGCUGCAUCAUGAGAAGCAAUGGCGUUCUGGGGAUA